AUGGCGAAACGAAGAUUCCUUUCACUUGAGCGUCGAUUAGAGCGUCAGCAGACUCUCAAAGAGGAUUAUGUUAAGUUCAUGCAAGAAUAUUUGAUGUUAGGUCAUAUGAGUCGUGUCGACAACUUUGACAAUAUCACACCGCACUAUAUAAUACCUCAUCAUUGCAUAUUGCGGCCUCAAAGUACCAUAACAAAAUUGCGCGUCGUAUUUGAUGCAUCUGCACGCACAUCAUCGGGUCGAUCACUUAAUGAAAUCUUAAUGGUGGGACCUACAAUUCAGCAGGAUCUUAUUUUGACAUUAUUGACAUUUCGUUUACAUCGCUAUGCACUGACUGCGGAUAUAUCAAAAAUGUAUCGACAGUUUGUAGUUGAUCCAAGAGAUCGUAAUUUUCAAUUAGUUAUUUGGAGAAAUACUGUUAAUGAACCUCUGCAACUUUUUCAGCUCAACACAGUAACUUACGGAAUGUCAGCAGCACCAUUUCUGGCCAUCAGAAGCCUGACUUACCUUGCAAAUGCGUAUCAAAAGGAGAUGCCAAUUGGAGCUUCAGUUUUGAGCAAUGACUUGUAUGUUGAUGACUUGCUAACGGGAGCAGACACAGUUGAAGAGCUUUGCAUCAAAGUAUCACAAGUGAAUAAAAUAGCAGCAAAUGCAGGAUUACAAUUGGCAAAAUGGAGCUCCAACCACAAAAAUUGGGUAAACUCAAGUGACGAACACCAAAUUCUUUUAAACGAAGAUGAUAUUACCAAAACUCUCGGUUUGGCGUGGAGGCCAUUAGAUGACGUUUUUUGCUUUCAAUAUAAGCAACAAGAGUCAAAGGCUGCGACCAAACGUACUAUUUUAUCAGUUGUUGCUCGAAUUUUUGAUCUUUUAGGACUAUUGAGUCCUAUUGUUAUACGGUGUAAAAUCUUAAUACAGGAAUUAUGGAUUCAUCAACUGGGUUGGGAUGAUCCAUUGCCUCCACUUCUAAACCAAUCAUGGAUACAAAUUCAAUCUGAUUUGGAAUAUCUUAACCACAUUGAAGUGCCAAGAUAUGUUUUAACAUCAUCAGCUUGCUACAGUCAGGUACACGGAUUUGCCGAUGCUUCUCAACGAGCAUUCGGAUGUUGUAUAUAUAUUCGGUCAAAGCAUAAUGGCUUUUACAAAUCUUCGUUGUUGAUAUCGAAAUCAAAGGUGGCGCCGAUAAAAGCAGUAUCGCUGCCUCGUUUAGAAUUAUGCGCUGCCGUACUUCUUUGUAAAACUUGGAACAAAAUAAAACCCAAAGUAUUACCAUUUAUUAAUGAAAUCUUUUUUUGGACAGAUUCUAAAAUUGUGUUACAUUGGAUGAAGAUGCAUUCGUCAACUUUAAAUUGUUUCGUAGCUAACCGUGUUUCUGAACUGCAGGACUAUUCGCGUGGCAUUAUGUGGAGUCACGUCCCAAGUAAGCAAAACCCAGCUGAUAUAGUAUCUCGAGGCUGUCGAGCAAGCGAGCUGAAGGAUUCGAUUUGGUUUUGUGGACCAAAGUUUUUGUCGCUUCAAUCAGCAGAAUGGCCAAAAGAAACAUCAAAAACUGAAUUUCUCGCAAAGGACCUUGAACAACGAAAACCUACAGUCUUGAAAUGUAGCAACAAUGGUAUCGAUGAACAUAUAUUCAAUAAAAUUAUUGACGAUUUUUCCUCAUUUCGUCGUAUUGUUCGAAUUAUAUCAUAUAUCUUUCGAGUCUUUAACAAAGUACCAAUAAACAAAAAUCAAACCGUAAACGACGUGAGUCCAAUUACAGUGCGUGAAUUUCAAGAAUCAUUUUGGCGUAUUAUAUCCCACCUUCAACAUUGUACAUAUCGCAGUGUAAUAUUAUCACUUCAAUCGGGUAAAAUCUUGAAUCCAGACUUGCAAAAACUAAACCUCUUUUUGGAUAAAACGGUCACUACAAGCGGAACAUUUAAUAUAAUUCGAGUAGGAGGACGAUUGACCAAUGCACCAAUAGGCUUUGAUGCAAAAUUUCCAGCUUUAUUGCCACGUGAUCAUCGGUUUGCUCAAAUUUUUGUGGAAUACUUACAUCGUAAACACAUGCACGUUGGUCCUAAGGUUUUAAUUAGUCUAAUACGCUCUCAAGUAUGGAUAAUUAAUGCUCGGGAAGUAGCUCGAAAGGUAGUGCGUAACUGCGUUCACUGUUUCCACUAUAAACCGAAGCUGUUACAACAAAUCAUGGGUUCGCUGCCAGCUGAUCGAUUAGUUGCAAACCGACCAUUUCUAAUAUCAGGAGUUGAUUUAUGUGGACCAUUUUAUACCACAUAUCGUAUUCGUAGUAAAGUUCCAUAUAAAACUUAUAUUGCAAUUUUUGUCUGCUUUUCAUCAAAAGCAGUUCACACUGAAUUAAUAUCAGAUUUAUCCACUAAUAAUUUCAUUCUAGGCCUAAAAAGAUUCAUAUCACGUCGUGGACUGCCGCAGCGCAUUUAUUGUGACAAUGCAACAAAUUUCACUGGCGCGCAGACACUACUAAAUAAAUUUAAAGAACAAUUUUUCAGUCAGCAAGGGCUUAGAGAAAUGCAAGAGUACAGCAACAAUACUGGAUUUGAGUUUAAGUUCAUUCCGCCAAGAGCACCUCAUUUUGGUGGACUUUGGGAGGCGUCGGUGAAAUCUCUCAAAACAUUAUUAUUAAAAAAUUUGGCACAAUCUAGCCUAACUUACGAAGAAUUACAAACCGUGAUUAUUGAAGCUGAAGCGAUUUUAAAUUCCCGGCCAAUAAUUCCAUUAUCAGACGAUCCGAACGAUGGUGAGGCUUUAACGCCUGCACACUUAUUAAUAGGCUCUUCGUUAAUUACAAUUCCUGAAAGGAAUUAUACAAUAAGCAACAUAUCAUAUUUAUCUCGUUGGCAACGUGUUACGUAUUUAAAACAGCAAUUUUGGGAAAUGUGGCGGCGUGACUAUUUACACACUUUGCAGCUUAGAUCUAAAUGGCUUAAACCUGAAGCUAAUAUCACUGUUGGUCGUUUGGUAAUUAUUCACAAUGACAAUCUUCCUCCACAACACUGGCAACUGGGCAGGAUUGUGAAAACUAUAACAGGUAAAGAUGGAAGAAUUCGCGUAGUAGAUAUUCGCACUAACCAGGGUGUGCUUCGGCGGCCUAUCCACAAAAUUGCACCACUCCCUAUCGAUUAA